GUCGUGUGUCUGUCUGCAGGAGAUAGAGAGCGUUAAGGCUAGUCCACCUGGGUUGUAAUUAUCUCUAACACCCGUCUCUUGUUAUAGUGAUGGCGCAGGGAGACUUAAAGGCCACCAGCUCACCAGGACGAUGACUGAAUGUUGUGAUUCUGACUGAGAGUCAGAAUAAUCUCUCUACUAUUAUUCUGACAUUUCACAUUAUUAAAAUAAAUUAGUGAUCCUAACUGACCUAAGACAGGGAAUGUUUUCUACAGUUAAAUGCCAGGAAUUUUGAAGAACUGAGUUUAAAUGUAUUUGGCUGAGGUGUUUGUAAACUUCUGACUUCAACUGUACAAGGCUUUGUUUGCCUAUGAUGGUAUACUGAACAGACUCAAACUGGCUGACUCUGGAGUAGGUGGAUUGGAAGAGUUGAAGAGUAAAUUCUACCCUAGAAGAACACUUUAUGGGCUGUGCAGCGUGGGCAAAUCUCAACCCUGCAUUGUUAUGAUAUUAUGGGUAGGUAAAGAUGUGGAUGAGUACCGCAAAGCUGAGUGUGCCAGUCAUUUGCCAGCAAUUAGGGCAUUCUUUAAGGAAGUCAAUAUCUUUCUUCCUACACAUAAUGUGGAUGAAAUCACAGAAGGGAGGAUUUGCACACUGGCCUGUAAGGCUGCAAUGAUGAUGCAGGAGCCGAGAGGGAGACAUGGCCUCAGGCGGGAAGACAGAGAGGAGGCUGUGGGCACAAAUUACAGGAGAACAAUUGCAACAGCUGAGAUUCUGAGAAUCCAGAGAGAUUCCUUCUGGGUACAAGCAGAGAGAGAAGAGGAGGAAAGAAAAAAUGAGGAACAGCGGAUGGCAGCAGAGGACAGGAGAGAAAGGGAGAGAGAGAGACUGCAUCAGGAAAAGAGAGAGGCGAUGGAGAGAGAAAGGACAAUAAAUGAAAAAGAUCAGAAAAUUCAGGAGCAGAGGAAAAUAAAGGCCCAAAUGAAGACAGAGGCACACAGACAAGAGAAAAUAAAAUGGGAGCACCAGCAAAGACAGCGUGAAGAAGAGGAAAUGAAAGCUCGAUUCUCACGCUCCAACUCAGAGGAGAAAUCUGCUCAGGAGGAAGCAGCUGUUGUGUCUCAGCGUGUUACAAACCACAGAGAGUUCUUUAGACAGCUGUCCUCCUCAUCAGGUGUCCAGUCAGGUUCCCAUCCCGGCUCACCAUACCCAGCAGCCAGGAGUCUUUAUAGACGACUGGAGCGCAGUCAGGCAGACAAUAUCUUAAUUUUUUAUGAAUCUUCAUCGUCCACACCCACAUUGCCCUGCAGAUCAACAGUGGCAUCCCCUUACUUUCCAUCGACUCCAAAAUCCCAGAGCCCAACACUUGUUUAUCCUAGUCCAACAAUGGACUCUCCAAGUCUCUCAGAGCAGAACUUCCCCACAGAUCGUUCAAUGGUAUCUUCAAAAAGCCAGAUCCACCCAUCUUCACUAAAGCUGAUGGAGUCUUCCUAUGUAUCCACUCCACAGCUCCAAACUCUACCAACAUCUUUAACUAAUGCAACGGCAUCUGGAAUAAAAACCCCUAUGACUGCCAUGUUAGAUAGUUUUGUAUUGUACCCACCACCACCAAAUAUUGACCUGCUGAAACUAGAUAACCAGUGCACAGAUGAACCGGUCGAAUUUUCUUCACCUCCCUUUGCUAUUGAAAAUUCACCAGAACCAUUCAUAGACCUGCCUGAGGUGCAAACUUCUAUACAAACCCAACCUGAUAUCAUUCUGACUCCACAGGCCAUCUUCGAUCCAUCUGUCUUCUCCUCAGAUCUUCUUACUUCCUCUCUUCCUCAGUCAUAUCCUUCACUGGAUGCAUUUGUCUUGGUUCCUCAGCCCCCAUCUAGACCACUUCCUGCCUUACCCGUUGCCCCGCGAUUGCUAAAAGACCUGGAACCAGGGAGAGAAUACACUGCCCGGGCCUCUGUUAUUUCCAUGGUUGAGGAGGAUGUGGAGGAAGAGAGUGAGGAGAAGGAUGGAGAGAGGAAUGAGGAGAGAAGGAUUAAUGAGAUAAUAGAGGAGGGAAAAGAAGAUAUUGAGGAGAAACUUGGAGUGAGAGGGUGUCAGGAAAAAGGGAAGGGAAGUGGAAAAGAUAAAGUUGAAGUGAUUGAAAGUGGAGAUUAUAGGAAUGGAGGACAGGAGGAACAAGAUAGGAAGAUUACAGAAAAGCAAGAGAGUAACAAACAACCAGAUGGGAAAAUUCUGGAAGAAUGUAAGAGUGAAAAACCACAAGAUGGGACAAUUAUGGAAGAACGUGAGAGUGAAAAAGAACAAGAUGGAAGGAUUAUAGCAGUACAUGACAGUAAAGAUCUACAAGACAUAAACAUUAUGGAAGAAAAUAGAAGUGAAGAAGAACAAGCUUGGAAGAUUAUGGGAGAACAUGAUACUGAAAAAGAUGAAGAUGGGAAAAGUAUGGAAGGAUUUGAGAAUGAAAAAACACAAGAUGGGAAUAGUAUGGAAGAAUGUAAGAGUUAUGCAGAAAAAGAUGGGAAGAUUUUGGAACAACAUGAGGGUGAAAAACUACAAGACGGGAAGAUUAUGGAAACAUUUGAGAGUGAAAAAAUACAUCAUGGGAAAAGAAUGGAAGAACUUGAGAAUGAAAAUGAAAAAGGGAGUCAAAAAGACAGUAAGGAGAGAGGGAACAACCAGGACGAAAACGGCCAGACUUUGAUGAACCAGGAGAGCGAAGAAAAGCCAAAGGUGGAUGUAGACAGGACAAGAAAUUUGAUUAUGUUAAAUAAAGAGCCACAAAGGGAGAUUAUAGUGAGGAACGAGGCAGUAGACGAAGAGAAUAUUGAGGAGAUUAAGAGUGAUAAAAGAAACACAUCAUUAAUCAAGACAGAGGACAAUGUGGAGGCUAUUAUUUUGGAGGAACAUCCCUCCAUUGCAGACAAAGCCAUUGAUGAAUCCUUUGCUGAGACACUUUUCUCACAACAUGCCUCACCCGUCCGAGAAUCCCAUUCUAACGAACCAUCUCAAUACAGUCAAACAUCUCUACCCAAAAGAAUAUCAACCAAUCGAGAUGAAAAUGAGCUUCAGGACAAGUCCAAUUUUUCCAAUUUGAGCAUUCAAAGUGAUUCCCAACCAGAUGACAUAAGAGAAGAAGAGUUUGAACAUGAUUCUAAUCUCACUAAUAACUUUUCAACUGUGAUGUCAUGCUCAUGCCCUUCUUCAAAGCCAUGUGAGAACAGUGCCACUUUAACUCAACCGACAACAGAACAGGGUUUUAACUCAGAAGUCAUCACACAUAUGAAGGUCACCAUGGAGGAUAUGAAGAAAAAAGAGGAAUAUGAAAAGAGAGAUGGAAAAUUUUGCAAAAAAGAAGCAAAAAUUGUGGAUGGUGAAUUUGUUUUGGCUGAGGGAUUCAAUCCUGAGCAAACGGCAUCACCUAUAUCUGAGAAUCAAGCCACUACUGGACAAUCAGAUGAGAAGGAAGGGCUUGCAACUGUCAGAUAUUUCCUCAAAUACCCAGAUGAAUGUAUCACUCAUCAGUCAGAGCUGGAUUUAACCAACGAGAUGAGUGAUUUUGAAGAGGGUGAGGAGGCUAUAUCUCUCAUAGCAAGCGACACCUACGCUUUUGAGGUGGGGCAGAGCUCAAAAUGUGAUUCUGCCCUUGAGCUGAAUCAAGUGAACGAAGCCAUAAAACAUGAAUUUCUGCAGGGCGGCAAAACCAUCACAGAAAUGCCCAAUGACAUCAGAAAUGAUAAGAAAGUUGACAAAUCUCUUAAAAGUGGGAUAGGAAAUUAGCAUUUGGAGAUAAUUGGUAGGUGUGAAUUAUUAUUCCAGAACAGAUCAUACAUUUAUUAACAUAAUGGUCUGGAUUGUGAUUGUGAUUAAUUAAUUGAAGGCUAAGAAUUGUUAUCCUUUUCACCCCAAGCAGGUUACUUUUUGUAAGUCUCAAAUGGUGGAAUUUAAGAAUGCAAUGUAACAGCUAUACAUAGUUACCCAAACUAAAGUUUGAUGUAAAAGCUAAUAAUGAUAACUGUAUUAGAUCAUCUCAACCACUUGAUUAUUUUGUGUAACACUUAUAUAGAAUCCCGAUGUAAUUUUUUAACAAUUUUACAGAAAAGGAAAACUUGAGCAAUGACCCGUGCACAGCAAAGAAUUAUGGGUUAGAGGAGCCAUCAGCCAGGCAGAGACAAUACGGCACAUGCUUCUGUUAUUUAAAAUAAAUGAAUAAAUAAAACUAAUAAAAUAAUAAUAAAAACAUAUUAAAUGAUUAAAAAAAAUGUUGACAAGAUGACAUUUAGUCCAAACACGUCCAAUGUUUUGUGUGCGCAUGCAUGCAGGAGAGAGAGAGCUAUUGGCUAUUAAUGAUUUUAGAUGGCCAGAUGCAUUUUUAAAUAUUUGAAAUGUUUUUAGGGAUAUAUAAUAUUAAAAAUACAUUUAUUGAAAAGUAGUUAUUUUAAGUAGACUGCUGUAUACUUUGCUUGUUAUGAUUCUGUGCUGGUAACUCCCCAACAUGGGAAUUGAACUGAUUAUUUUCACUUAUAUUGGUUGAAUAAAGUUCCUUAUUUUGAGAUUUCCUUUUUUUAUUUGAGAGAUCUGGUAUCACUGUAACUGGUCCACCCUUAGCACAGAGUAGACCUACUGUCAUUUAAACAUUUCUUUAUUAACCAUUCUUUAAUUUAAUCCUACCCGGUUACCAAUUGGAGAUGGAGCAGCAGAACGCCGGAAACAGAAAGGAAAAAUACUCUUUCUGCUCGGAACAAACUACAAAUAUAUAGUUUAUAGUCGGUGAUGACAUAACUAGU